AUGCCUACGUAUCCCAUCCGCCGCAGGCCUCGCGAAUGUAAAACUUGCCUUCCAUGUCGUGCCAGCAAAGUUCGCUGUGAUCGCAAUGUGCCAUGCGGCAAUUGUGUCAAGCGCAAUUUCACCUGCUCCUACGGCCGUCCUCCUCCCUCGGCGCCUAGGCCCGGAGGAUCGCUCCUCGCCGACCAAUACGGCCCCGCGACCGCCUCAACAACCACUACACCUCAAUUUCUCCCUCCGUCCUCCCAACUCUCGUCCGGUCGCGAUGCUCCCUACGGCCCCGACCCGGGAUCCACCGGAUCGACGACCCAAGACGGCCUGCCGGAAGUCGUGACUUUGUCUCAAGUGGAAUGGGACGAAAUCAACACCAAAAUGCGGACCAUGGAGGAGAUCCUAGGCAGCCUGGACUCUCUGUUUCAAUCCCAUGGAGCGCGAAGAACCACCGAACCCCGAUUGGAUGUGAUCCCCGCGGAGGAUGAGGUCUCUCCCACCUCGGAGGGGAUUUUUGGUUCAACUACAAUGAAGACUGGCUCCGUCCAUAUUGGGUCGCGAUCGGCAUUGAUCGACAUCUUGGAUAAGUCGAAGAACUCGGAGGAUACGGCACAGGCGUUACCAAAGGAGGACCUUCUCGCGGAACUGGCCAUGGGGAAUGAAUCCGCCGCGUAUCCGUUCGUAGAUCUUUGGUCGUCCGACCCUUAUACAUUCAACAUCGCCGGCGUGUGUAGCGUGCUACCCGACGACGAACAAUGCCGAAAACUGUUGAGAUUCUAUAUAGACGUUGGUUCCGUGCUUUAUCCGGUGCUGCCGGAUGUUGCAAGACUUGAGGACAAUAUGGAGCGCCUGUUGCGAGGCCGACAAGCUGUUGGUGGUGUAUAUCGACCGGAUGCUAACGGUCUUGUUAAGCCGUUUGGCAUGAGUGUAUCCUUCCUGAGUCUUCUCUUUGCUGUUCUAGCCUCGGGCUGUCAAUUGUCCGACUUACCAGGCAAGGAACGCGAAUUGACCUCGUGGGUAUAUGGAGCCUCGUACACAUUGCUUGGUGAGUGGUGUUUCUGCCGUGUCAACCUCUCGACAAAAGCUGAUUGUGCAAUACUCACACACGAGAAUAGGUGGGCGAUGGCUUUUCAGAACAGUCAUUUUUCCCUGGCGUACGAUCGACCCUCUAUCACCAUGAUCAGCCAGCCCGAAAUUCCGUACGAUCCCAAAUCCAUGCCCGGUCAUCGGGGUUACUUCGAGACGCUGUGCCGCAUCAUCUCCGUUAUCCUCGAGAUGUUGCGGAAUCUCAUGUUCACCCAUCAUAGCCACCUCAGGUACCAUGAAAUCCGGGAGUUCAAGCAACGUAUUGAACGGAUCCUCGCCGAGGCAGCACCACACCUGCGAUUCGAAGAACGCUGUACCACGCUGGCGGAGCAUAUUGAACGGACUGAGCUGCGACUGCAUUCCUCGUAUUUCAUAUCAUUCAUGUGCCGAGUAUCACUGGAUCCGGAUGCACACAUGGAUGAGCAGCGGCGCGAGAUUAUCAAGGAGGAUUGCUUGACCAAUCUGAGCAAUACGAUCCAGGCAUUCAUUGAACUGCAUUCGAUCAACGCGCAUGCGUCCCGCACAUGGAUUAGCUUGCAACGGACGAUCGCGUCAGCUUUCCUCUUAAUAGCCAACAAUAAUGAGCGAUUGCACCCGCACACGUGGGAUCUGAUCCAGAGACUGGAGGCGGCUCUGUCAGACCAUGUGCAUGGCGAUGGCGAAGCUGAUCGGAACCAUCGUACUGAUUCGGCGAAACAUCUCGCCUCAUCGCUCCGUGCCCUGCGGGAAGUCAGUGCCGCAUUCCGUGCACACAGCAAGAAGCAGAACAUGCUAUCGGUCCCGGAAACUGCAAUGACGACCCCGAACCUAUCUCCGGCCACAGCCUUCACUUCCCCGUCGCCGGUAGGGCUUGUUUCUGUGGCUGUUCCUGUUCCUCCGACCUAUAGCGCGCCGCCCCAAGAUGGACAUAUUGACAAUAUUCUGAACCGGGUUUCGGAUGUAAUGCUUUUCCCUAACAUGAGUACGGGGAACGCGUGA